GACCAUCGCUAGAGGCUAUAAAAGGAGUAGCAAAUGCAAAAUCCAGUCCAUCAAACAACGAUACCACCAGUGAUCCAUAGCCACCCCAGUGCCACCAUCCAACAAAACAUACCAAGUUCUGAAGAGGUAAUAGACACCUAAAACAAUACCGAUCGAAUCCAAUCCAUACAAGACCAACACAAGGCAAACAAAUCGACAUUGACCUAGUGAUAUAAUCAUUAUUUAUCAGUUUGUCUAUUGAAACAAUUUGGAGUAAUUCUGCACAAUUUUGGAAACUGUUCGAAAAUUUUCCUGUGAAAUUUGGAUUUCUAUUAUGGUGGAUCAAGAUUUGUCAGUAAUCUCUAAGGGCAAGCGGUAUAUUCCUAAAUUUGAUGUUUAUUUACAUAGUUUUCAACUGUGUUGUAAAACGCUACCUAUUGAUUUAUUAAGUGAUCCUAAAUAUUUACCUACUAUAUUAGAAAAGGGCAUAAGGGAAUCCAAAAAUGAAGCCAAUUUUCAAACAGGGGACAAAAUACGUAUAAUAGCUCGUAAUGAUAACUUCAAGCAUCCUAUCUCAACGGAAACUAAAACGGAUACAAACGUUGAAUAUUUAUUACAACAUGUAGCAAAUAUUUUAACUUCCAACGAGUCUGUUAAACUGGAGGAGACGGUAUUCGACGUACAGAUUUUUAAGAUACCCCGAGGAUGUGGUAGACAUAAAAUGAUCAAUUUGGCUGAGGAUCGCCAGACGAAAAGAAGUAUUACGCAAAUUAAAAACAACGACUCUUUAUGUGGUGCAAGAGCAAUUGUAACUGCUCUUACAUACCACACUCAUGAAAUUUUAGAGCAUGAACUAACAGAUAAUGAUGUGACCAAUAUACGAAAGGGCCGACGAUUACAAUCAAUUUUGGCGAAAAAACUGUGUCACCUUUUAGGAGGUAGCUACGAGGAAGGCUUUAACCUAGAGGAUUUUAAGCAAGCCGAAGAACUAUUAAAUGUACAGAUCAAGAUAAUUUGUGCAGAAAAUUUCAAUAAUAUCAUCUACCAGGGCACUGAAAAAACAACCAAAAUUUAUUUGUAUAAAAACAAAAAUCAUUUUGACGUGAUUAAUAGUUUAACUGGCUUAUAUGGAAAGCAUUUUUAUUGCGAAAAGUGCGAUACAUCCUACGACGGUAAAAAUAAACAUAAGUGCAAGAAAACACCACUAUGCACGAUUUGUAAACAAGCUGAGCAUGACUUGUCAACUAAAAACAAAGUUCUUUGCGAAGCUUGUAAUCGUUUCUGUUUUAAUACAGAAUGCUUUGAUAACCACACAGAAGUUUGUAAAGAAGUUUUUAAAUGUCCAAGUUGUAAUAAAACUUGUAAAAGAGAACAUCGUCAUGAGUGUGGCUACUCUGUGUGCAAAAACUGUAAAACGUUUGUAGAAAUAGCUACCCAUCAGUGCUACAUGGUCAAAAAACCCGCCAAAGGAGGAUUUUGUACCGUAUCCUGUUUAUGUAAUAAGAAAACCAUAACUGUUAAUAAAGGUUGUCAAUACAACACUAAAUCACAAACAAUAUGCAAUGAACCAUGUCUCUGCAACGGACUCUCUGACGACUCUAUACCGCGAUGUACUUACAACGAAAAAUACAUAUUUUUUGAUUACGAGACAAUGCAAGAUACGGAAAUACAUAUACCAAAUUUGAUCAUAGCACAUGAUUUUGAGGGUAAUAAAUUUGAUUUUAAAGAUAACGAAGAGUUUUGCAGAUGGUUAAUAUCCGAAAAACACAGGGGUUAUACAGCGAUCGCCCAUAAUAGUAAAUCAUACGAUUCAUAUUUUAUCUUGAAAUACUGUGUAGAAAACACAAUAAAACCAGACACAAUUUAUAACGGAUCAAAACUGAUGCUUUUAGAGGUAUCCGAUAUUAAACUAAAAAUUAUUGACAGUUCAAAUUUUAUUGCCGGACCUUUAGCUGAUUUCCCGAAAACAUUUGGUCUUCGCGAAUUGAAAAAAGGGUAUUUCCCACACUUUUUUAAUACACCUGAAAACCAAGGUUAUAAAGGGUCUUUACCAGCGACUGAAUAUUACGGACCAAAUACCAUGAAACCAAAACAAAGAAAUGAGUUUCUAAAAUGGCACGAAGAGCAUAAAAACGACGAAUUUGAUUUUAGCAAAGAGUUACACGCUUACUGUGACUCAGAUGUAGAUAUUUUAAGACGUGGCUGUUUAGAAUUUCGCAGGGAGUUUAUGGGUAUAGCUAACAUAGACCCCUUCCAAUAUCUGACUAUAGCCGGUGUAUGUAUGGCUAUUUAUCGAGCCAAAUAUUUACAAACAGGCACGCUUGGAGUGGUGAAACAAGAUCUUAAAGAAAUGUACAGUGAGGCAUCGAUCAAGUGGCUUAAUCAAUUUCCCAACAUUCAACAUGCUUUGAUAGGCGGCGAGGUUACAAUAUGUGGAGCAAAAGUAGAUGGAUAUGAUCCCAACACAAAUACGGUGUACCAGUAUAACGGCUGUUUCUGGCAUGGUCAUCCAGAGUGUUAUGCGCCCGAUACGAUUAACCGCGCUAAUAAGGAGACAAUGAGUGACUUGUACGAAAGAACUGUUCGACGAGUCAAUCAGAUAAAAGAAGCCGGGUAUAACCUAGUAGAAAUUUGGGAAUGUGAGUGGCUAAAAUCAAAAGAAUUUAAAAAUGCUCCAGACCCUCAAGUUGUUGAAUCUUUAAAACCUCGUGAUGCCUUUUUUGGAGGUCGAACAAAUGCCAUUAAAUUAAAAGUAACAGAUAAAAAACUCAGAUAUAUAGAUAUUGUAUCAUUGUAUCCUACAGUACAGUAUUACGACAGCUACCCAGUAGGACACCCUGUUAAAAUAUAUGCACCUGAAUCAUACGACCCUACUUGGUUUGGUCUAGUACAUUGCCAAAUAUUACCACCCUACGACUUAUAUCAUCCGGUUUUGCCUAUCAAAACUGACAAACUAAUGUUUCCUCUAUGUCAUCAAUGUGUAGUGGAUUCGAAAGUGGAAGAUUCGAAAGAGUGCAAUCAUAACGACUCAGAAAGAGUCUUAACAGGCACAUGGACUACGCUAGAAAUUAAUAAAGCCCUAGAAAAGGGAUACAAAAUUAUAAAAAUUCAUGAGGUAUGGAAUUUUGAAAAAACAUCCACCGACCUAUUUAAAGGCUAUGUUAAUGACUUUAUAAAAAUAAAAUUAGAAAGUAGCCCUCAUACAUAUGUCUCAAACGAGGAAUAUGCACGGGAAGUAAAAGAUCAAAUGGAUAUAGACUUAGAUCUGACUAAAAUAUCUAUUAACCCUGGUAGAAGAGCAGUAGCUAAAAUAUGUCUGAACAGUCUAUGGGGUAAAUUUGGACAAAGACAAAAUUUAAAACAGACAGAAUAUAUUACAGAUCCAAAAAAAUGGUAUGAGAAAUUGUUAGAUGACAAAAUAAACAUUUCUAAUGUCAUAUUUAUUAAUGAUAAUAUUGCACAAGUCUCUUACGAUUCCAAAGAUGAAUUUGUGGAAGAUCCUACCUCUACAAACAUAUUUAUCGCAAUUUUUACGACGUCAAAUGCCCGUCUCAGGUUAUACGAGAUGAUUGACAAACUAGGAGAAGCUGUCGCCUACUUCGACACUGACUCAAUUGUGUACAUUGAUGAUGGCAAAAAUACUGUUAAAACGGGAGAUAUGUUAGGUGAUUGGAGUGAUGAGUUAGGCACUGAUGAUUAUAUUAUUGAUUGGCGAUCAACUGGUCCCAAGAGUUACUACUACAAAACCCAUAAAGGCAAAGAAGUAACUAAAAUUAAAGGUUUCACAUUAAACUACGAGAACAGCCAAGUGCUAAAUGGUCAAACUAUGAGUAGUAUCAUUGACGACCCUUCACAAAAAGUUACUUUGUACUGUGAUCAGAUCGAUCGGGAGACACAGACCAAAGACAUUGUGACAAAGAAGAGGGCUUCAAAAACUUUUAGGAUGAGCUAUAAGAAACGAAAGACAGUACAUAGUGAUGAAACAUUAAUUGACACAAAACCUUUAGGCUUUAAAACAGACAAUCCUGAAUAGCGAUACUCAUUCUGUUCUAGGCACUCUUAGUGUUCAGACGUGUUGUGCUGUACAUUUUAUUUUUUUAAUGUCUACGCACCCUUGGUCUUUGCAUAUUAUAAACCAGUGCGCAAUAAAAAAUUUAAUGUACACCAAUGCAGAUUCCAGUUAUGCUGUGAAAACUAUGUACGUGGUAGUCUUCGGAAUGAUAAAGAAACUUUGCGAAAUACAUGAGGGGUGUAAAAUACAUUCAACGAUGUAAAAAGAAGGAUGGGUACAAACCAAGCGAUAAAA